AAUAAGGAUUGAGAUGAAAGACGAGGAAAGUACAUUGAACACAUGAUGUCAGUUGGGUGGUUUAAAUGAUGAACUCCUGAGUGGGCCCCGAAGACUAUUUUGGAGUUUCAUAGCCUCUUAACUCGUCUUUCCACCUCCUCUUUGUGUCCUUUUGGAUGAUUCCAUUAGUUAUUCAUCAUCAUCAUCAGCCAUUUCUUUCUUGAGGAGGCCCUUUGGGACAGCUUGGUUAUGGAGAACAAUUUGACACCCAACGGAUGGCCACUUGGACUCGAGAGCAUGAACUUGAGACUUAGAGCAGGGGAGAGGUCACAGGCGGCGGCUGUUGCUGCUGCAGAACCACCACCACAAUCUUUACACAGGCAUUCAUUCAGUUUCUCUUCAUUCACAUCCUCAAAUCUAGACACUGAGUCCACAGCAUCUUUCUUCCAAGAUCAGAGUGUACCAUUAGGCCGGCUAAUUGGACUUAGACCAAGAAACAGAGGAAGCUUAUACUUCCCAAAUACUGUCUGCUUUGAUCAACAUCAGAUUGUACCUAAUAGAAGAUCAGGCUCAUCUGUGUUCCCAAACACAAUCGGUUUCAACCAACAACAGAUUGUAAAAACUCAUAGCAGAUCAGGUUCAGAUGAAAUGUCUCGAGGGCUCUGCGUUCCACGAUUACUCGACGUUAUAGAGAAGAUAAGCAGGAGUAAAAGCAGUUCAAAGACAGUGAGGGUUUUUCAGUAAUAGCAAUAAAAACUUGUUUGUGGGCAUGAAAGGGGACUAGAAAAGUCUAGACCAUUCUUCACAUGUACUGAUACUGUCAUUUGAUGUAUCAUUGAUAAACAAUGAUACAUUAUUGUUUCAAUUUGUCUUCCUUUUCAAUGGCUAUGGAGUAAACUGCAUUGUUUAAAGUUAAAGGGUAAAGAUGUUUGAUCAAGA